AUGCGGACGCGACAAUGGUCCCACAGCUCUCCUCCGUUUCGUGCGCUUUACGCUCCGCCCACUUUCGCCUGUAUAAAAGGAGCCGUUCUGUGUCUCGAAAUUCAUUCCAUCAACAUGUCACCUGGCAAGCGGCAACCGGAACGGCCACGUGAAGUUGAUAGGGUCGAUCACGAACAACAGCACCACUUUCGAGCAAUACCAUCUGCUAAGAGGGAGGAGGGGAGCUGGUACGGGCUGGAGGCAACCGGCGUCCUGAGGCUGUCUGGCGGUGGCGGAGUGGAGCCGGAGGUUUAUACUUGCCGAGGCCGUAGUCAGUGGCUGGUUAGGUUCUGCCCCUUUUAA